AUGAGGAGAAACGUGUUGAAGACGACUGAGAAGCUGGCUGAUAUCAACAGGGGAGUUAAGAGACAGCAUGGGAGGAUGAAUAGGAUGGACAUGGGCAAGGAUGACUCAUCUGAUGAUUCGAGUGAUAGUAGUUUGAGUAGUAGUGACGAUAGGCGUGGCAGCAAGAGAGACGGUAAGUACGGUAGAAGACGUAGGAAAUCAGGCAGGGGCUAUGGUGGCAGUAGUUCAGGCUGUUCUGACUCGUCUCGAAGCAGUGACAGUUCAAGCAGUUCCAAUUCAGUAACCAGGAAAAUAGACAAAGUAUCACAUAGGUUCAAGGAUAAAGCACGAGACGUAAUGAAAAUGAGAAGUGCAGCAAAACACUUAUUUGGAAUGAAGUAG